UCGCUCCUGCUGCUGGAGGGGAGCGGCGAGGUGGCCGCCCGGCGCCUUCUCCACUUCCCAAGUAGGGGCAGAGCGGCCGUUUCUGCAGCCGCGGGUUAGGAGGCGCAGGGGAAGAGGGACUUCCGAACUCUUCAGCCGUUUCCUCUCCACCCCAUUUUGUCCCUUGCCCUGGGAGAAAUUGAAGUGUGGCGCUCGGGUGUCAUUAUUUCUUCGAACUGCUACGCGGUGCACGGAUUCAGCUGCUGCCCAGCGGGGCUUUCCGCGGUCUGCGCGUCUCGGUGUGUGACCCCCCAUCCCGGCACACCGCCGUCGACGAUGGGGAAAGGUUUGCGGUCCACAGCGGCCCGCUGCGGAUUGGGGCUGGGAUACGCGCUGCAAAUGUUCGUGCUACCUGCCCUGGCCUUGCUCAGCGCCAGCGGCACCGGCUCAGCUGCUCAAGAUGACGACUUUUUUCAUGAACUGCCAGAAACCUUUCCAUCGGAUCCACCUGAGCCUCUGCCACAUUUCCUUAUUGAACCUGAAGAAGCUUAUAUUGUGAAAAAUAAACCUGUGAACCUGUAUUGUAAAGCCAGCCCUGCCACCCAGAUCUACUUCAAGUGCAAUAGUGAGUGGGUUCAUCAGAAGGACCACAUAGUAGAUGAGAGAGUAGACGAAACCUCCGGUCUCAUUGUCCGGGAAGUAAGCAUUGAGAUUUCACGCCAGCAAGUCGAAGAACUUUUUGGACCUGAAGAUUAUUGGUGCCAGUGUGUGGCCUGGAGCUCCGCAGGCACCACAAAGAGUCGGAAGGCCUACGUGCGCAUCGCAUAUCUACGAAAGACAUUUGAGCAGGAACCACUGGGAAAAGAAGUGUCUUUGGAACAGGAAGUCUUGCUCCAGUGUCGACCUCCUGAAGGGAUUCCUGUAGCUGAAGUGGAAUGGUUGAAAAAUGAAGACAUAAUUGAUCCUGUUGAAGAUCGGAAUUUCUAUAUUACCAUUGAUCACAACCUCAUCAUAAAACAGGCCCGCCUCUCUGACACAGCAAACUACACUUGUGUGGCCAAAAACAUUGUUGCCAAGAGGAAAAGCACAACUGCAACUGUUAUAGUCUAUGUAAACGGAGGCUGGUCCACCUGGACAGAGUGGUCUGUGUGCAAUAGCCGCUGUGGACGAGGGUAUCAGAAACGCACAAGGACCUGCACCAACCCAGCACCACUCAAUGGAGGGGCCUUCUGUGAAGGGCAGAGUGUGCAGAAAAUAGGCUGUACCACGCUGUGCCCUGUGGAUGGCAGAUGGACCUCAUGGAGCAAGUGGUCUACCUGUGGGACUGAGUGCACACACUGGCGCAGGAGGGAGUGCACUGCCCCAGCUCCUAAGAACGGAGGCAAAGACUGUGAUGGCCUCGUCCUGCAGUCCAAGAACUGCACAGAUGGCCUCUGCAUGCAGAGUUUCAUUUAUCCUAUUUCAACUGAACACAGAACCCAGAAUGAAUAUGGAUUUUCUUCUGCUCCUGAUUCUGAUGAUGUUGCUCUGUAUGUUGGCAUCGUGAUAGCCGUGAUAGUUUGUCUGGCCAUUUCUGUAGUCGUGGCCCUAUUUGUGUAUCGGAAAAAUCAUCGUGACUUUGAGUCUGAUAUAAUUGACUCCUCAGCACUCAAUGGAGGCUUUCAGCCUGUGAACAUCAAGGCAGCGAGACAAGACAUCCUGGCUGUACCCCCAGACCUCACUUCAGCUGCAGCCAUGUACAGAGGACCUGUUUAUGCUUUGCAUGAUGUCUCAGACAAGAUCCCAAUGACCAAUUCUCCAAUUCUGGAUCCACUGCCUAAUCUGAAAAUCAAAGUAUACAACACCUCAGGUGCUAUCACCCCCCAAGAUGACCUCUCUGAGUUUGCAUCAAAGCUGUCCCCUCAGAUGACCCAAUCGUUGUUGGAAAAUGAGGCUCUCAAUCUGAAGAAUCAAAGUCUAGCAAGACAGACUGACCCAUCCUGCACUGCAUUUGGCACCUUCAACUCCCUUGGAGGUCACCUUAUUGUUCCCAAUUCAGGAGUAAGCUUGCUGAUUCCCGCUGGGGCCAUUCCCCAAGGGAGAGUCUACGAAAUGUAUGUGACUGUACACAGGAAAGAAAAUAUGAGGCCACCCAUGGAGGAUACUCAGACACUUCUGAGCCCUGUGGUGAGCUGUGGACCUCCGGGGGCUCUUCUGACCCGACCCAUCAUCCUCACCAUGCAUCACUGUGCAGACCCCAAUACUGAGGACUGGAAGAUACAGCUCAAGAACCAGGCCCCUCAGGGACAGUGGGAGGAUGUGGUGGUGGUGGGAGAGGAAAACUUCACCACGCCCUGCUACAUUCAGCUGGACACCGAGGCCUGCCACCUUCUCACAGAGAGCCUCAGCACCUAUGCUUUGGUCGGUCAGUCCACCACCAAAGCGGCUGCCAAGCGCCUGAAGCUGGCCAUCUUCGGGCCCCUUUGCUGCUCCUCUCUGGAAUACAGCGUCCGCGUCUACUGUCUGGAUGACACCCGAGAUGCCCUCAAGGAAGUAUUGCAGCUUGAGAGACAGAUGGGAGGGCAGCUCCUAGAAGAACCAAAGGCUCUUCAUUUCAAAGGCAGCACUCACAACCUGCGCCUGUCCAUUCAUGAUAUCGCCCAUUCCCACUGGAAGAGUAAAUUGCUGGCCAAGUAUCAGGAAAUUCCUUUCUAUCAUAUCUGGAGUGGAUCUCAACGAAACCUCCACUGCACAUUCACUCUGGAAAGAUUUAGCCUGAACACAGUGGAGCUGAUUUGCAAAUUGUGUGUACGACAGGUGGAAGGCGAGGGACAGAUCUUUCAGCUAAACUGCACUGUGUCUGAGGAACCUACUGGCAUUGAUUUGCCUCUGCUGGACCCAGCAAGCACCAUCACCACCAUGACAGGACCCAGUGCUUUCAGCAUCCCUCCCCCCAUCCGGCAGAAGCUCUGUAGCAGCCUGGAUGCCCCACAGACUAGAGGUCAUGACUGGAGGAUGUUGGCUCAUAAGCUGAACCUGGACAGGUACUUGAAUUAUUUUGCUACCAAAUCGAGCCCCACUGGCGUGAUCCUGGAUCUUUGGGAAGCACAGAACUUCCCAGAUGGAAACCUGAGCGUGCUGGCAGCUGUCUUGGAAGAAAUGGGAAGACAUGAAACAGUAGUGUCUUUAGCAGCAGACGGACAGUAUUGACCCGAGCUGGGAUCGAAAAUGAAGGACGAGGAUGCACAGAGAGCCUGCGGCAUCCUGGGGAUCAAGCUGAGGAGGAAUCCAGACUAGACCAAUGAGUUCACAAGCGAGACUGCAGUGGGAGAGAGAAAGAAAACAAAACAUCUACCAAAAUGCAAAGCCACUUCACUGGACAUCACCACAGGAUUUAGGAACAAUUGUGUAAAUUUGUGUCUUGAAUUUAGAAAUCAAUCUAAUUUUCCUCUUAGUUGGGCUGUAUGCUGUGUGGUACAGGAUCUUACAGUUUCCUAGGAAACGCUUUUAUCAUUAUCCAGAUAUAUGGAUAAACUUUCUUAACAAACCCAAUUUCUACAAACAUUGUUUACAUCAAAUUGGACAGGGAUGCAGACACUGUCCAUGGCUCGUUCUAUUUUUGUUUAAAUCAUUUGAAGUUGAAGCUGUGGACGGUUCGUUGUGUCUAUUUCUCAUUAGUAAUUUACAGAGAAAUCACAGACUUUUGCUACAAAUUGUGUGCAUCAAAUGUCUCAGAUACCCCUCCCAUUGGUGUUCUGUUUCUAGAACUUGUAGAAUCAGUGUUACUGUUUGUAUCAGGGAAGUGGAGAAUCUAAGUGUAAAGGAAGUGAUAAGACUACACGUAUCCCUUGAGCGUGCCCAUGUGGAGCCCUCUGGGAAUAAAGCUAUAUAGUAUUGCAGGGAAAACAGAUUCAUGUUCGACCAGACAAGCAAGCAUUCCUUCACGACAUUUGCGUUUGUAAUAUGCAGUUUGAAGUGUUUUUUUUUAAUGGUAUAUUAUUAUCAUUAAUAUUAUUACUGAAUAUUUACGAGUAUCUAGUAAAAGGAUUUUUUUUUUUUUUUUUUUACCUCUGACUUUGUUAGCAGCACUGUGGGUAUUUAGGUAUUGACUAGUCCUGCCUCAUCUUCUCACAUAACAAGGUAGGUGUGGUCACCAAUUUAAUUCAACAGGCAUUGCUUCCUUGAUCUUAUAUCUUUCUCCCAUCAUUCUGCCCCCGGAAUGUAGUAAAUGCUUCCAGGCUUUGUAGUGCUCUUUGACCUUGCUCAGGCAAGGUCUUUCUCUUCUGAGUCUUGUCACAAGAAGUGCUAUCUACUAAAGGUCAUUUAGUGGAGUUGUCAUGUGGCCCCACAUGGACUCCCCACGGGCCUCUCUCUAUUUUAGAGACUAUGGGACUAGAGGAACAAUCUCUACUGGAAAUCAACAUACCAGCUCAUUCUGGUUCAUCAUUUGGGUCUAGCUGUGGUAACUUGGGAAAAUCAUUUAACCUCACUAGACCUCAGUUUCCUCACUUGUAAAAUUAAAAGUUGAGUUUGGAGGUAAGGUUCUAAAAUGCUGGAAUUCUACUGUGAUGCCUUCAGGCCCACUCCUCAGUAGAAGACCACAAUGGACUCUGGCCUGGCAAUGUCAUAGAGUGAAUCAGCUAGCUCUAUUGCCUAUGCUACAUUCUGCCUUUCAAAUAGUUCCAACAUGAAUGACAGUUACCCUAACCUGUAAGGUGUUUGUUAUGUUUUCAACUCUUUUCUUUGUGUCAUUGCAUCAACGCUGCUCUCUAAGAGAGAGAGCACUCCGUCAUCAUUUUCUUAUCCUCUCUUGGGACCACUUGCCUUCCUGACUAGUUGCAAAUCAUGUGCUAUUAUUGUCUUGGUCAAAAAAUGUGAAAUUAAAAAAAAAAAACCUGAAAAAUAAUCAACAAACUAUUUUGUGUAAACUAUGAUAUUUCCUUGGACCAUCACAGUGUAUGUUUUAACACAGGAACUUAAUUCAUUCACCAGGUGAAACUAAAGAGUCAACAGUCCAUUAGUCAAACCAAGAUUAAACAAGCACCCAUGUAUGUAAACUAUAGCCUUCUGCAUCCAGCUGUGGUUUAAAUUUGGGCUGGUGGUAUCCCGUUUGCUGACUGGAUAUGAAUUAGACAUCAUUAUAAACAUUUUUCCCUUCUUUCCACAUAAAUUUCUUUUAUUUUGAUGACUUACUGAUAUUCUCAGACUCCUUCAUCUUCAUCCAUGAGAAACUACUGGUGUCUUGGCAUGGAUCAUCUGCUUUCAUGCCAUUUAUUUCUUACCUCCUGGUUCAAGCAUCUAUUCUAUAGUCAGUCUCUCUCAGGUCACCCUCUGCCCCAUAUGUACAAGUAAGUCACACAUUAUGAUAGGUAGAGAUUGCAAGUUUACUGGACCAUGUGUAUACCUCUGGAUAUUUGAUCAAAAGAUAAUAGAGAUGUGUUCCACAUACACUUUUUUAAAAACAGAUGUUAAAAAAGAUCUGGUGGAGGAGGAAAGAACUGUUAUCCACUGUUGUAUCUUGAAAUAACUUCUUCAUAUUGCCUAUCUUUACUGGUUUGAGGGGUUAUCAACCCUGGAAAUCAAGAAUUAGAAAUCUGAAGGAUGCUCAAAGGAACUUCUACGUCUAGCAAAAAUUAGACAGGAGAAGAUGUUUAGCUAUACAAAUGUAUAAAUUGAUUGCAAAUCUUUUGCAAAAAAAAUAAUAGUCAUCAACACAAAAACAUUGGCCAUAACAGAAACUGUGUUGUAAUGCCAUUGAUGCCUUUGGGGUUCAAUUCAAAUGCUCAAAUUAUGGUUCAACAUCUCAGCAUCAGAAAAGGGAACAGUGACAGAUUGCUGCUAAGUGAGAAACUCACUUAGAAUUCUGUUAUGUUCCCCAAUAAGUGACUGCAAAUUCCAGACAUACAAUUCAUUUAGGUCAAAUUAUUUUCACUAUGAAUUCUGGUUUCUUUUUUCUUUGGAAUAGAGUAAAAGCUGAUAGGUUUCCCUCAAACUUAGAAGGUCCAGACUUAACUGUUCAUUUCAGAGUGAACUAUUUCAUCAUCCACCCUGUGCUAUGUCCUGCCUUCCCUUCCUCGGAAUUCUAGACUGUGAGGAAAGAUGGACUUAACUUCAUGUGUAUGGGAAAACCUAUCACUUGUGCUUGCUGCCAUCUAGUGGUAGGUAACGCAAGCUACCCUGAGUUUAAUACAGAAACUGAAAGUUGUGUGACAAAGAGUCAACAAGACCUUUCUGACAAAAAAAAGACACAGGAAAAUAUUUAUCCCAAAUAUAUAAAUUCCUCUUAUUCUUAGCAUUUUCCAUUUAAGUUUCCCAUGUCAUUAUGACUCUCGUAUGUCAUAAACUCAUUCGUACACUGCAUGUCUCAAGUUGAAUGUGAGUUUUAGCUUUUGCCAAGCAGCUGCUGGGACUAGUUACCAGUUUGACAUAGAAAGACCUCAGUACAAUUCCAAGGCCAACAAGAGAAAGGAUGACCAUGGAAACAGCUGAAAUGAAAUUGGGUUUUAUCCAUAUUCUUUGAGAACAGAGGAGCUUUUGUGAAUCAGAAUGCCAUUGCUCAACACCAAUUACUUGUGAAGAUGAUUAUAGUCAAUGAGCAUUAGAUUUUAUAGAUUGAAUAAGGAAAUAUUUUUAUUAUUAUCUGGUUAAUAAAACAAUUUUUUACCUUUAGAGUGCCUCGUAAUACCAAGUACUACACUUUUUGUUUUUGUAUUUUUUUAACCUUGCUGAGCUAAUACUGAUUGAAAUCCUUAGAAUUUUGCAUCUGUGCAGUGAAGUGCUGUUUCUCUAUCCUAAGAAAUCUAUUUAUAUAAUCUCUGGCUGUAAUGAUCACUUUGACAGAUUACCCUUGCCUCUCUACCGGUUUUUAUUAAUGGAAUGAGUCUAAAGGGGGAUGAAUACUCUGCCACCAGCGCUGUUUUAAGCCUAUGUCCCAUCUGGUCACGUUAGACAAAUGGAAUAGGAAACAUGUCCAGGUUCCAUGCCUGAAACUUGGCUAACUUUAAAAAGUAGGGACAUGGCCUUGGGUUUUCCCUGGUGGUUUUUCUCAAGUUUUACACUUCAGUCUUAUCAACCUUGUGAUGUCCCCAUUUUUAAAAUUGUAUUUCACAAAUCUGCCCUCAGAAGAGUUCACUACUUUCAGGUUUUCUGCUGGGCCUGUUAUCUCCCUAUAUUGAUCUGUGGGGAAUAUUAAUGGGCUCAUUCAAUUUAAUGUAAGGUCUGACCCCAGAACUAUUUUACCAUGGCUGAGGGGGGCACACCACAACAAAUGGUCAGGAAAAAAAAUAACAAAACCCACAAAUGGAUGAUACACAAAACCAAACAGUUAUAAGGGGUGCUUUCCCAACCCCUUAGAUAUUUAGACUGUUGCGUGCUGAAAAAAAAUCUGUCCAGAGAGCUUCUGGUGUCACAAGUUGGGAAUUCCUACAGAAUGUCUUUAAGAGUUCUGGCCACUAGUUGGUGAGACGAAAACAAGGAGACCUGCCCAGAGAUACAGUCUGCUGCUGCCUCCGAAAUAUUUGCUACUGUACCAGCCUAUUACUCUGCCAUUUCAGACUUUUGCCUCAGCAAAAUGAUAAAUUGCUGAAGCCUGUAGCAUUUCAGGGUCUCUAAUAUGCCUAAAUCCUGUAUGUCAUCCUUAAAUUCCCAAGGCCUGCUGGAACUGGCAUGAACAGACCUGCUACUGAACCUGCUGGCACAGACCCAGGAUGGAGUCACCUUCAAUAUAUCUGAGUUUCAAAGGGGAAUCCUAGGUAGAUUAUCUAAGUUUUGAUGAGCCUUGGGCCUUUGAAACUCAGCAUCAUGAUGAGGCAACAUCAGAGAAUCACAACCUAAGCUUUGUUCUGGACGAUAAAACAAACCUGUUCUAGAAUGGCAUAAAGAAGCAAGAACUCUACAGCCAGGGAGAAAUGCCUUUUCCCUUUUGUACUUUUAGUCUCAACACCUGUAAAUGGAGGGGGACAGAUUCAAACGUAUAUCCUCCAGGCCUUGGAAAAGAAAGAGGAAAACAAUCAGAACACAUUGAAUGUGUGAUUUGCAUUCUCUCCUUCCCUCUUUCUUCUACCUAGAGGGUGAGGUAGUGAAGGCCUCACCUCCAGACUAAUGCAUUUAGCCCAACUGCAGGGAAUAUCAACACAACCGUGUGUGUGUGUGUGUGUGUGUGUGUGUGUGUGUGUGUGUGUUGGUUGCAGGACAUUGUGUUCAUUGAGUUUAAUGUUGAACUGUGGCAAGUUGGUGAGCUUCCUCUUUGCUCUUUAUAAAGAAGACCACCAAUGUUUGUCAGAGAAAAAUCCCCAGCAGUCAUGUCAGGUUGAGGUUUUGUGCUUUAUUUUACUUUUUUAAAUACAACAAGACAACUUUGACUUUUCAGAUGUGGAACACUCUUUCUUUGUUGAUGUGGGUUCUCUCUUGCUGUAUCUUCUAUGCAAUUCCUUUUCUAGAAAAGCCCUGGUGAGGAAGAGCGCCCUCUGGGCGCAGGGCAGUAGAGGUGUCUGGUGCGGCUCUGGGUGUCCUCUUCUCUCUCCCUGGCUACCUCUCCCCACUUUUCCUGCAGUCCCCUUGGUUUGUAAAUUGCCUGCAUUUAUUCUGUCAGUGAACAUGUACAAAAUGUAAGAAAGAAUUUUUAAACCGGUAAUAAAUUAUAUUUAUAA